AACUUGACGGCGGUACGCGCCGUGUCGGAGCGGAGUGGAGUCAAAGCUCGGAGCACAGCACAGGUAUACGGAGUUACGGAGAGAAAGAGGGAGAGAGAGACCGAGAGCGAGUUGCCUCUCAUAUCGCCGUGCAUUGUGAUAUUUGCGUGCAACAUGUAAUCGCGGCGACAAGGAGAGCAGAGGAAACGCUCGGCGCAUCCGGUGGGAUAAAUUACCCCCCUCCAGGGGUGGGGUCAAGUGAUCGCUGUCAAUUUACAAUUAGUAAACAAGUCUACGAGUGAUGCCAAUCGCGUGAGGGGGACGAGAACGAGGAACGCGGUCAUGGCUCGACCCAUCGUGCCGAGCCAGCAGAAGCUGGCCGAGAAGCUGACCAUCCUGAACGACCGAGGUGUAGGUAUGCUAACCCGCAUUUACAAUAUCAAGAAGGCAUGCGGCGAUGCCAAGUCAAAGCCCGCCUUCCUCUCCGACAAGGCGCUGGAAUCCUCCAUUAAGACGAUCGUCAGGAAGUUCCCCAAUAUCGACAUAAAGGGGCUGCAGACCAUUAUGAACAUUCGCAACGAGAUCAUCAAGUCGCUGUCGUUGUACUACUACACGUUCGUCGACCUGCUGGAUUUCAAGGACAACGUGUGCGAGCUCCUGACCACUAUGGACGCGUGUGGCGUUCAUAUGGAUAUUACGAUUAAUUUCGAUUUAACCAAAGGGUAUCUAGAUCUCGUAAUCACGUACGUCAGCCUGAUGAUUCUCCUGUCGCGGGUCGAGGAUCGCAAGGCGGUGCUGGGGCUCUUCAACGCCGCUCACGAGAUGGUGCACAGUCAGUCGGAUCCUAGCUUUCCUCGUUUAGGUCAGAUGAUCAUGGAUUACGACGCUCCGUUGAAAAAGCUCUCCGAAGAAUUUGUCCCGCAUUCUAAAUUGCUGAAAAACGCCCUGACCUCGCUGUGGCCGGUCUAUCCCGGUAGAAACUUGUCCGCCGACACGUGGAGGGCCGAUCAGAAGUUGAGUCUCGUCGGUAGUCCCGGCCAGAUACUGAAAGCAGCGGCGACGGACACCAUGUCUUGCGAAACGUUGAGUUUAGAUAGAGUCGAGAGAUGGGUGAUUCUUGGAUUUACCCUCUGUCACACAUUCUUGAGUCAGGAACAACCGAGCAAGCUGUGGAUCACCGCGUUAGAAUCCGGAUGGGUAUUGGCGUUGUUCAGAGACGAGGUGAUUUACAUACAUCAGUAUAUUCAAACGUUCUUCGAGAGUAUGAAAGGAUACGGCAAAAGAGUGUCGGAGGUGAAGGAAUGUUACAAUCAAGCGGUACAAAAAGCUGCCUACAGGCAUCGAGAGAGAAGGAAAUUCUUGAGGACCGCGCUGAAGGAGUUAGGUUUAAUUUUGACGGAUCAGCCUGGUCUUCUGGGACCGAAAGCACUGCUGGUAUUGAUGGGGCUGUCCCAUGCGAGAGACGAGGUACUGUGGCUGCUGAGACACGGGGACAACCCUCCCAUUCAAGGUAAAAGCAAGGGACGAGGUAGCGAGGAUUUGGUGGACCGUCAGCUGCCUGAAUUGCUCUUCCACUGCGAGGAAUUACGAGCGCUAGUAAAGAAAUAUUCUCAGGUGCUUCAGAGGUAUUACGUCCAAUUUCUUUCGGGCUUCGACGCCCCCGCUUUACAUCAGAUGAUACAAAACCUGCCGGUCUGUCCGGAGGACGAGGGGGCUAUUCUUAGUGAUAUGUGUUCAAUUAUAGCUAGUCUGACCGUAAAGCAGGUCGAGGAAAAUGAAUUGUUUGAUUUCCGUGCCUUUCGACUGGAUUGGUUUAGGCUGCAGGCCUACAUGUCUAUUGCGAAGUGCAAUAUGAAUCUGGCUGAUAAUAGAGAGUUAGCUUCCUUCAUGGAUACGGUAAUCUUCCACACGAAAAUGGUCGACAAUUUGGACGAGAUGUUGGUCGAGACGUCCGAUUUAUCCAUCUUCUGCUUCUACAGCAAGAUAUUCGAGGAUCAGUUUCACAUGUGUCUCGAGUUUCCCGCUCAGAACCGUUAUAUCGUCGCCUUCCCGCUCAUAUGCAGUCACUUUCAGAGUUGCACCCACGAGCUCUGCCCGGAGGAACGUCAUCACAUUCGCGAGAGGAGCCUUUCCGUCGUCAAUAUGUUCCUGGAUGAAAUGGCCAAGGAAGCUAAGAACAUUAUCACGACCAUUUGCGACGAGCAGUGUAACAUGAGCGACAAACUGUUGCCGAAGCACUGCGCUCUGUUAAUCUCACAGGUUGUUAAUCGCAAGAAGAAGGAUAAGAACAAGAAGAACAUGUACGAGAUUCACAAGCCCGGUAUAGAGAGCUAUCGGAAGACCCGGGAGGAAUUAACGACGAUGGACAAGCUGCACAUGGCCCUCACCGAGCUGUGUUACGCCAUUAAUUACUGCCCUACCAUUAAUGUCUGGGAGUACACCUUCGCGCCGAGGGAGUAUCUGCAUCAACAUCUGGAGUCGCGAUUCGCUAGAGCGUUGGUGGGAAUGGUCAUGUACAAUCCGGAUACCAGCGAGAUAGCCAAGCCGUCUGAGCUCUUCGUCAGCGUUAGAUCUUACAUGAACGUUCUUCAGACUAUCGAGAAUUACGUGCACAUAGAUAUCACGCGUGUCUUCAACAACGCCCUGCUGCAGCAAACCCAGGAGCUGGACAGUCACGGUGACAAGACUAUAGCCGCGCUCUACACGCAAUGGUAUUCGGACGUUCUACUGAGGCGAGUCAGCGCCGGUAACAUUUGUUACUCGGCGAAUCAACGGGCGUUCGUCAGCUUGUCGGUUGAAGGUGCCAUACCCUUUAACGCCGAGGAGUUCUCCGACAUUAACGAGCUACGGGCAUUAGCGGAAUUGAUAGGACCGUACGGUAUGAAGAUGUUGAACGAGAACUUGAUGUGGCAUAUCGCCAGUCAGGUGCAGCAGCUGAAGAAGCUGGUGGCCGGCAACAAGGAUGUGCUGAUCUCUCUGAGGACGAAUUUCGACAAGCCAGAAGUGAUGAAGGAGCAGUUCAAGAAGCUACAGCACGUGGACAACGUUCUUCAGCGAGUCACUAUAAUAGGUGUGAUUCUCAGCUUCCGGCAGUUGUCACAGUCAGCCCUGGUCGACGUGUUGGAGGAACGUAUACCAUUCUUACUGAGCUCUAUAUUGGACUUCAGACAUCAUCUGCCGUCCGGCGAUCCUAUGCGCGUCGUCUCCGAGAUGACGUCGGCCGCGGGCUUGACCUGCAAGGUCGAUCCCACUUUGACGACCGCGCUGCGAAAUCAGAAGGCUGAAGUCGACGAGGACGAACACCUGCUCGUUUGCCUGCUAAUGGUCUUCGUGGCGGUUUCUAUUCCGAAAUUGGCUCGGAACGACAACUCCUUUUACAGAGCGUCACUCGAGGGCCACUCCAACAACAUACACUGCAUGGCGACCGCGAUUAACAAUAUAUUCGGAGCGUUGUUUACGAUUUGCGGGCAGAACGACAUAGAAGACAGGAUGAAGGAAUUCCUCGCUUUGGCUUCGUCGAGCUUGUUAAGAUUGGGCCAAGAGGCGGACAAGGAGGCGACCCGGAACAGAGAGUCCGUGUAUCUUCUGCUCGAUCAAAUAGUUCAAGAAUCUCCAUUCCUGACGAUGGAUCUAUUGGAGAGUUGUUUCCCUUAUGCACUGAUACGCAACGCAUAUCACGAUGUGUACAAGCUCGAGCACUCGCAACAGUGAACUUAAUAGCGAAAUUGCGAGCGCGAGAGACGGGGUGCUGCAUUUGUAACUUGCCACUCAGGGCCACUUUUUUACGUCCACUCGUAACAUCGGAUGCAAUCGUCAAAACUUUGCUACUAUAUAUCGCCUGGCCAAGCGAUAACUUUCCAGAUUAGUUUUCGGUUAGCGUCGCUGAAAAAAAAAUACGAGCAUAUAUCAGCGAAAGGAUAAAAGAGUGGUAAAUGCAUAAGAUUGUUCAAAGAUUGAUUAAAGUUAUCGACAAGUUAUUCCUCGAUAUUUCAACAGAACGGUACAAGCUUGCGGCAUUGUAACGCACCUUAGCCAUUUCCCUACGUUGCUUGCGGCAAAAAUACAGUUGAGAUGUUUAUUAUGAAAUAUAUGUAUAAUUCGAUUCUGCCUUUAUAAGCUUUAUACUCGAAAUCUUUAUCGAGGAAAAUUAAUCGACGGAUAAUUCUUACGGAACUUCAUAAUGAAGUGAUAUGUAAUAUGCAUUUCUUGUAAUGUACAGUAUUAUCUCAAUUAUAUUUGACAUCUGGUUUGAAAUAUUCGUUAUUAAUAAUUGCAUAUCUUGAAUUCCAGUCGAGUAUUAGUAUAUUUUAUGUUAAAGAAUGUUUCUAUUGCACAGGGAUGCGUGAUGUAAGGCUCCCAUUGACUUUGAAGCUAAAGAUCGCGAUAUUCAUGUAUCACACAGUAGGUAUCGUCAUUUACCCACUAUGACUUUUUAAUGUACAAUUGUAACUCUUUUACAAUAGUUUAUAUAACAAAUAAAACUUAUUAUGUGUACAAAACAA